UGUUAUCCGCGUCUCUCGCUCUUAUUUAACCCGAAGAAGAAGCAGCAGCAGCAGCUGAGGAGCAACGGCGAUAGUUUCUUCUCGGAUUACUGAUAGUAAUUAUAAGACCACAGCUGAAGCAGAAGAAAAAGAAGAAGAAGAAGCAGCAUGGAUGGGAGACAGGGAGUGGUGGAGGUGUCUAAGGGAAUGCCUCCUCAGAACCCGAUAGUCCAACUGCAGGCCCGAUUCAGGGACUUGGAGGUUGGGUUCCGCUCUUGGCUUUCUAAACAGUCUUUGCCGGUGGAGGCCGCCGUUGUCACCGCUACCAGCGCAGUUCAAGGGGCUGCUAUUGGUGCCUUCAUGGGUACCCUCACCAACGAUAUCUCUUCUUCGUUUCCCACUCCUCCUCAAGCUCCUCUCAACCCUCAAGCCAUGGCUUCCCUCAAGCAAGCCCAGGCUCUUUCUGGAGGCCCCUUGGUGCAAGCCCGUAACUUUGCAGUCAUGACCGGUGUCAAUGCCGGCAUAUCUUGCGUCAUGAAAAGACUUAGAGGGAAAGAGGAUGUUCAGACUAGCAUGGUGGCUGCUUUUGGUUCUGGAGCCAUGUUUUCACUGGUCAGCGGCAUGGGGGGCCCAAAUCAGGCAGCAAAUGCAAUCACAUCGGGGGUUUUCUUUGCACUUGUUCAAGGUGGUCUUUUCAAGCUAGGGCAGAAGUUCUCCCAGCCACCAGCUGAAGAUGCAUUCUAUAACAAGACAAGAUCCAUGCUCAUAACUCUUGGCCUUCAGAGUUAUGAGAAGAAUUUCAAGAAAGGAUUGUUGACAGACAGCACAUUACCUUUGCUUACAGAUAGUGCUCUCAGAGAUGUGAAAAUCCCUCCUGGUCCAAGGCUUCUCAUUCUCGAUCACAUCCACAGGGAUCCUGAGCUGAAAGAGAGGCGAUGAGACUGUAGUUUGCUUCUUGCAUUACAUGAGUUAGUUCCUAUUAAACAACUUAUAUGUUUCGUAGAGAGAUCCUGUGAGCUUUUAUUUAGUUCAUUCUGCAAAUUGAUGGCCACUGUGAUGGCCACAGUUUGAUUCAUUUUUAAGCCUGUUAUAGCUUCAAAGUUUAUUUAUCAAAGGAUAUUGUUAUUUUUUUUUGAUAGAUAUUACAGGGUAUUGUUAUUUACAAUUACCAUAAACGAUUCUGGUUGUCUACUGGAGUUCUAGUUUUGUUGCAGUUGUAACUUGUCAUUUCACA